CACACAUAUUUUUGUUAAGUGCAAAAGUGGUCCAGUUGUGGUCCAGAAAAGGAGUGGGAGAAUUAAGAACAGGCCGUCAAGAACCCAAAACGUAAUCAGAACCAGACCCAGAACCAGCCUAGAGAACCUGCUGGGUAUAAAAGGAUCAACUCUUUGGCUAAGAGGCAACAGUUACCAGUACAACUUCCUAGAAGAGUCACCUGCAGGAAUCUACCAAUCUGCUAGCCAUGAAGUACCCACUCCUUUUGUUGGGCAGCCUAAGCUUGGCCCACGGUUUGGCUCUUUACGCCACCACAUAUCCUUUAGUCUACACCGCUCAAGGAUCCGCCGUUUUUACGCCCACCCAGCGGCAGUACUUCGCCCAAGAUCAGGCCGGGCAGUACGCCUAUGGGUAUUCGGAACCGUUGUCCAGUAAGCAGGAGACCCGCACCCUAGAUGGCACCACCAUCGGCUCCUACAGGUAUCGCGAUGCGUUGGGUAAACUCCAAACCGUCCAGUACGUGGCAGAUGGAAAUGGCUUCCAUGUGGCGGCCACCAACUUGCCAAAGGCUGUGGUUCCUCAGGAACAGGCAGACAUCUCUCCGAGAAGUUCCUCCACUCCAGUAGAGCAUCACUCCGAUGUCAGCUCUGGCCGAAGUGUCUCCCAUACCGUUGUGCAUCCUGUGGAACAUCCUGUGGUGGUCUCACAUCCCGUUGUUGCCCAUCCAGUUGUCCAGCAUCCUGUGGAUGUCUCCCAUCACUCGACUGUGGUGAAGGGUGGCAGGAGUGCCCAGCCCGAGCAGCCCUAUCUGGCAGAGAACCACAAAAAUUCCGUUGAAGAAGCUUUGAUCCACAAGACCGAAAAUGCAGAGAGGAGGCGCCAGGAUGAAGUGGAUACAAAAACUGUGGCCCGCAGCCACCAUGUAGUCGUACCAGCCCACGUCUACGGCUACCCGGUUCCACGUUAUUAUGCUCCAGGAGUCUAUUUUUGAAGGGAUUUCUGUGGAAGAUCUGUUUACCAUUCACAGUCCAGUAAAAUAACAUCUGAAUUACGAAUUUAAAUAAAGUCUAUUGUCAAUCGGAA